AUAUUUGUAUUCCGCCAUUUUCAUAACGAUGUCGUACUGUUUUUCUAUUGUGUUUCAUCAUCUUCAUCAAAUUUAGUACUGCGUUCUUCUCGAGUGUCCAGUUCCUACUUCCCAGUUCCCAUGGCGUGUUUCUCUGCAACUCAGCUGCAUACUCUUUUAUGGACUUCAUCGUUGAACCGUACCUCCCACCAUUUCAAACCUAAAUAUACCUAUCGGACUCCGAAAUUUCUCUUCCGUCAAAAGCCAUUGAUAGCUUCCUUCAGCACCUCCGACAUCGAAGCUAGAACUGAAACGAAGGAUUCAUCAACGGCAACGCUCCGCGAACUCUGUCAUGGUCACGUGCCCGAGCACGUGAUUCGCCGGGUGGAAGAGGUUGGAUAUGUGAUACCUACAGAAGUGCAGCUACAGGCAUUGCCUUUCCUCUAUUCGGGACGUGAUUGUGUGCUUCAUGCUCAGACAGGUUCUGGAAAAACCUUGGCAUACCUACUACAAAUACUGUCAGUCAUUGACAGUCAAAGGUCAGCAGUACAAGCAUUGAUUGUGGUGCCUACUAGGGAGCUUGGCAUGCAAGUUACGAAGGUUGCUCGGACGCUCGCUGCAAAGCCUUCAGAACUUGAAUCAGGACCGAAAUCAUGCACUGUUAUGGCUCUUCUAGAUGGGGGGAUGUUAAACAGACACAAGAGUUGGUUAAAGGCUGAGCCACCCACUAUUGUGGUUGCAACUAUGGGGAGUUUGUGUCAAAUGCUUGAGAAACAUGUUUUAAAGCUAGAUUCCUGCCAAGUACUUGUUGUCGAUGAGGUUGAUUUCAUGUUCAAUUCUUCAAAAGAGAUCAGCUCUCUUAAAAGGCUAUUGACGUCCUACUCAUCCAGCAAGAACCGUCAAACUAUAUUUGCUAGUGCUUCAAUUCCCCAGCACAGGAGAUUCUUGUAUGACUGUGUACAGCAAAAAUGGACCAAAGCUGACGUAGUUCAUGUCCAUGUGAAUUCAGUAGAGCCGAUGCCCUCGUGCCUCCAUCAUAGAUUUGUGGUAUGCACCAAAAGGGAAAAGAAUCAAGUGUUGCUCUCCUUACUGCAGGUGGAUUCACCUGAAUCUGCCAUAAUUUUUGUCAGCGAGCAAUCUGAGAAGUCAAAAAAGGCAGGAAAUGCACCACCAAUAACUCUUUUGGUAGAUUUUUUAAUGUCAUCUUCUGGAGGCUUUUCCAAUGUCUCUCUUCUAGAGGAAGAUAUGAAUUUCAAUAAACGAGCGGCAUCCUUAUCUGAGCUUCGAGGAGGAGGAGGUUAUCUAUUGGUGGCAACAGAUAUAGCAGCUAGAGGAGUUGAUCUACCAGAGACAACACAUAUAUACAAUUUUGAUAUCCCAAAAGAUGCGGUAAAUUACCUUCAUCGAGCUGGCAGGACUGGUAGGAAACCAUUUUCAGAUAAAAAAUGUUUUGUUACCAGCAUUAUAACAGUGGAAGAGCGGUUUGUGUUACAGAGAUUUGAGAACGAAUUAAUGUUUCGUUGUGAACAGCUAUUCUUUUAACUGUAUUUUGAGUUCUUCUCCAUAAUCUUAGCCUCAAAAAUCACAUUUGACUCUGUCUUGCUUAUUUAAAAAUGAAGGACAAGAUAAAUUAACAGCUGAUACCAUCAAUUAGAAAGUACAUUAGUCCCUUUGGUUUUCAUAACUUCUAAACAGCUGCGUAAUUUUAUUAAUUUAAGCAAGACAUUUGCAAGGUCAAUUGGUAAAAUGUUAUAAUUGAAUGGUUAUCUUCGAGUGUUCUUUCAAAAAUGUUACUCUAAGUUCCUUUAUCUUUUACCCAAAUUGUUAACUACCACCUAAAAUUUCAGAGCAAUGUUGGUAAGGAUCCAGUAAACAGGUGAGAAAACAGAGGAAAUAUUUGAAUAAUGAUGCGAUCUAGUGAAACACUGUACAGGUUUUUUGAUGCAUUCAAGUGGUCUUACCUGUAAGUCUAAACGUUUUAUCCUUCUUUAGUUCUGACUAGAAGAAGCUUGUUCUCAACUAGUGUAAAAUAUUACUGUCAACACUCUACAGUGUUUUGUCAGUGUCAUCGCGGGCCGGUUUUAUGAAAAAAUUUACUUUAUAUCAAGCAUUUUUUUUCUGAUCAAAAUUCAUGAAUGGGAUAAACAACUUUUAUUUUUAGCAUCAGCCUGUAGUUCAACCUUUACUUGCUGAAAGUGGACAAGUUGAGAAUGUGAGACUUUUACUUCUGCUCAUAUUUUAAUUUCACAACUUUCUCUGUGUCAACACUACAUGAAA